GAAGCCACGAAACGCAUCGCCGCACCCACAACACUAGGCAACUCCAAAUUUUUCCAUCAGCAAAGAACCUUUCGAGUACAUAAAACUACCAAUCAACAAUGGAAGCAAGAAUAUUAACCCAAAAAAGCUAUUCCAUUUGCUUGUAUGGGAUAUCAGUAGCUUCAAAAAACGUGUACGAAUAGGUAUUGUACAUGGUUCAAAUUGGACAAAACUCCUGAGAUGUAAAGUCUAUUUCGCCCUUUGCACUGUCUGCCUUUUUGGGAUAGCAAAUUCUGGUGAUGUUUGGCAACACCCUCCAUUGACAAUUGUCACAUUCCCCAAAAAUUUGCUCAGUUGUUCAUCAUUCCUCACUGCCAAUUGAAUGUGCCUGGACACAAUACGAGUGUUCUUGUUAUCCAUAGCAGCAUUGCUGGCCAAUUUCGACUGAUUUCGCUGCCUUAGGCUUUUCUCUGCCGGCGAUGGCGGCACCUUUGCCUAAACCCUAAAGACAACUUGCGAAGGCUGAACUUCGAUUAAAAUGCUUUUAUAUUUUUAGGCAUAAAUGGGGGUGAAUAUGAUGCUGACCUGGACACCAUUAUUUACCACAUCAGCGAUUAUUUAACACUUUUUUUUCGAGUUUAUAUUCCUUUGAGCUUUCAUCUCAUUUUCCUCUUGACCAAACACAAACAUGUACCAAAAUCCCCUAGCUGCUCAUCUGGUAAACCAAACACGGCCUAAGCGAUUAGAAGCGGCGACAGGGAGAUAUGGACAAGUCAUUUUCUUGGGCGUGCAGUCCAGACGGGCCCCACCUAUCCAAUAGUUUGCGGCCACGUGGGUUUGACCACCCUGUAAAGGUUUCGCCACUAGAAAAGAUGAAUCCACCAUCUUACUUCUCCCCCCUCACGUCCAUCGGCGGCAGUUCACCGGGAUCUGUAAAUUUAUCGCCGGAACGUUCCACUACUUCUACCCACUCUCCCCUUUUACCCUCCAGUAUGCUCUCGCCUGUGGGAGGACUGUAAUUGCAUUUAACUAUCGGUCAAUUGCGCUGGAGAUUUGGGUGAAGUGCGAGGAACUGAGAGAUGUACGUCGUCCCCCCUCCAAAAGGGUCCGAUCCACCAUCUGGAUCCACCAACGGGUCGGACGAUUUACGAAUUUACCAGACAUGGAAAGGCAGCAAUAGAUUUUUUCUUCAGGGAAGGUUUAUAUUUGGACCGGAUGCCAGAUCAUUAGUGUUGACCAUUUUCCUUAUUGUAGCCCCUGUUGCAGUUUUCUGUGUCUUUGUUGCUAGAAAGCUUUCUGAUGAUUUUCCUAAUGACUGGGGAAUUUCAAUUAUGGUUGUGGCAGUGGUAUUUACAUUUUAUGUUUUGGUUCUUCUCCUACUAACUUCCGGAAGAGAUCCGGGAAUAGUUCCACGUAACGCACACCCUCCAGAACCAAAAGACUUUGAUGGAAACACCACUGAAGUUGGUGGACAAACCCCACAGCUACGCCUACCUCGGAUUAAAGAGGUUGAGGUUAAUGGAAUUACUGUGAAGGUCAAAUAUUGUGACACCUGCAUGCUUUACAGACCACCGCGCUGCUCUCAUUGUUCGAUAUGCAACAAUUGCGUUGAAAGAUUUGACCACCAUUGCCCUUGGGUCGGGCAGUGUAUUGGGCUGAGGAACUACCGGUUCUUUUUCAUGUUUGUCUGCUCCACCACGCUUCUUUGUAUAUAUGUAUUUGGUUUCUGCUGGGUCUACAUUAAAAGGAUCAUGGGUGCUGAAGAGACGACAAUAUGGAAGGCAAUGAUCAAAACCCCAGCUUCUAUGGUUCUAAUAGCUUACACCUUUAUUGCAGUGUGGUUUGUUGGUGGUCUUACUGCGUUCCAUUUAUACCUCAUCAGUACAAAUCAGACAACAUAUGAGAACUUCAGAUACCGGUACGACAGGCGAGCGAACCCAUACAACAAAGGAGUGGUGCAGAACUUCAUGGAGAUAUUUUUUACUGCUGUCCCUCCAUCAAAAAACGAUUUCAGGGCAAAGGUACCUAGGGAUCCUGCAAUACCUGCCCGACACACCUCUGUGGGGGGGUUUGUGAGUCCAAAUAUGGGCAAGGCUGUGGACGACAUAGAGAUGGGAAGGAAAGCAGUUUGGGGUGGUGGUGAUGUUGGGCCCCACGAAGGUGGUGGUCAACUAAGUGACAACAACGACAUCAAGGAGAUAAGAACAACGGUUGAUGAAGGUGACCGAGCAGCGAUGCAUCAUCCACGGCGGUCAAGUUGGGGAAGGAAAAGCGGGAGCUGGGAGAUGUCACCAGAAGUUCUUGCUUUGGCGUCUAGAGGAAUGGGAGAACCCAACCCGAUGGGUGGUAGCGGUGGCAGUGGAGGCUAAAGUGCUUUAAAGCUGUGAUCAACAUCAGUAUACUAGUGGGCAUGGUGUGGGAAACCUUUUCUGUAUAAUGAUGAUGUCUGACAUUUGGAAACUUUAUCACAACGAUCAAGUUGUUGCUGUUGUUGUGCAUUAGGAAGCUGAUAGGUUGUGGAGCAAGUUCUUGAUCCAUGUUCUGUAUCUUAUUUGUGUCAAAGUAGUUUCUUUAUCACUUGCGAAAUCCCAUCCCUUCCUCGCCAGUCACCACUCAUGGUUGCAUGAAGUAGAAAAAUUAUACGGGGGAACUCUGCAGAUCAUAGUGUUUGCAAUUAUGUUAUGUGCUUUGUAGUAUGAAAUGACAGUAAAUUAAUUGUGCACAAUGGAAAUCACGCACUUGUCUGUGAUGGUGGAUAGGCGGUUCUGGUCUCAUUGUGAGUUGAACUAUCUUUUUUCUUCAAUUCUCCGGUCUUUUAUGUGAUGUGUUGAAUACCAAAUCCUUUAAAUCACUGGUUGACGGUUG